AUGUUCAGCGACCAGCCAUAUGCGUACCCUAGGGGCAAUAGCGCUGAGUCGGCGCAGGAGAACAUCAGCAGCAUCAACUAUGUGGCCGGAUCUCGCCAAACUGGCGGGCCCAUGCCCGAUCUUGGGACCGCGUACUUCACAGACGUCCAGUCGUCUGUGCCGACGGUGUAUGCAGAGAUUCAGGAGAUUCAGCAGCCACUCUUGGGCAGGAAGUACGCGAGCAAGGACCGCCGCCCGCUUGAUCCGCCACCCGUCGUGAGGCUCCGGGUCUUCGAAGCCGUCGUUCCCUCGCCAGGGUCACCCUACCCAGUGCGCGAGAUCACGAGCACUAUCGAUACGUCGGACUACACGUGUAUCGCUCGCAUGUAUUCGGCCAGAAGCCCUUGCAUUGUGCCUGCGCCUCCCCCGCCUUCGGGAGGCUACCUCUGUCAACAACAAGCGCCAUUCCCAAAUCACGACUUAGACACCGACGUUUGGCCCGGCCCCUCGGGCUACGCAAAUGGACCUAUGACGCCUCCGCGGCUGUUCCAUCCCACGCCGCAGGAGGACCGCGACCUCACGGAUAAGCUGGUUGGCGGGAAGGUCGUGACCGCAAGGACUAUUGAGCUCGACGGCGUACAGAUGUCUGUCUUUCCGUUCACGGACCUUUCCGUCCAAUUGGAGGGCGAGUUCUAUCUGCAGUACAGUGUCUUCGACCUGGCGGGGAUGUGUCUCAUUCCAGGAUCCAUGGGUGGAACCUCUCCAUGCCGAGCGUCGUGCACCGGCGGCACCUUCACUAUGUAUCCAACAAAGGAGGCGCCUACUCUGCCACCGUCUACGAAAAUCACGAAGGCCCUAUACGAUGCGGGCAUCCGCGUCACGUACCGGAAGCAACCUCGCACGCGCCGCGGCGGAAACUCGUCUUCUCCAUCAGACACCUCUUCUCAAGGGUAG